UUGAUUUUUUAUGGGAUCAACUUUGCUCUCUCUCGGCAUUGCCGUUUGAAUGCUAGUGUGGGUUUUGUGGGGGGGAGCCAUGUAUUUCCACACAACCCAAUUCACAUUGAACAAGCCCCCAAGCUGGCUCUGAUCUUGGCUCCCUCAGUUUUUUCUUUUUCUUUUUUAACUUGCUUACUCUUCUGGGUUCAUCACCUGCCCUAG